CGAGUGGAAGAACGCUGUUGAUUUCACCAAAAUUGGCCAGUUGUCCAAAGAUGAGAGGUUGGAAAUGAUGAUAAACGCUGCUCACAAAGGGUGUGACCUUCAGCUCCAAACUCCUGCUGUAAAACAACUUCAGUUUGGAGAAAAAUUCGAUCUGGUGAUAAUGGAAAUGUUCUUAUAUUUCUGCUACUUUGGUCUCGUUCAUAAAUUGGGACAUCCACCAGUAGUUGGCUUCCUUUCGGCUCAAAUGACUCCACAGAUGCAUCGCAUGGUGGCUAAUCCGAUUAACCCUGCAUAUAUCCCAAAACUGAUUACUCCCUACGCGGAUCACAUGAUGCUUUUUGAAAGAGCUGACAACGCGUAUCAAUAGAUGACUGACUGUAGGGACGUCGAAAGACUGAUAGAGUCUCAAGACGAAAUAAUGAGAACUCACUUCGGAAGUGAAGUUCCUAGCAUCGCUGAAUUACAAUAUAAUACAAGCCUAUUGCUUGCAAGUGGUCAUUUCUCUUCCAGCUAUCCGUAUCCAAUACAACCUAAUGUGAUACAGAUGACUGGACUUCAUAUUAAGGGACCCCAAAAACCACUCCCUCAGGAGAUACAAUCUUUCCUGAACGGUGCGAAACACGGAUUCAUAUACUUCAGUCUUGGUUCCUACGUAAAAAGCAGCAGCCUUCCUGUGUUCACACGACAAGCCCUCAUGGAUGCUUUUUCCGAACUGCCGCAAAGGGUGCUCUGGAAAUUCGAGGACGACUCCCUACCAGGGAAGCCAAGCAAUGUCAUGAUUGCAAAGUGGCUACCUCAAGAAGAAGUUUUGGCUCACCCAAACAUCCGCCUGUUCAUCACUCAGGGUGGACUUCAAAGUUUCAACGAGGCUUCAUACUACGGUGUCCCUCUCGUCGGAGUUCCCUUCUUUGGAGAUCAGCAGUACAACGUAGCAAAAAUGUUCAGAUCAGGAAUUGGAGUCAAAAUAGAUUUCUGGGCCAUUACUAAGGAUUCUAUGUUGGACUCCCUGCGGAAAGUUCUGGAAGAUCCGAGCUACCAGGAGAACAUGAAACGCUUUUCUGCCAUCUACCGGGAGCACCAGAGCACGUCCCUGGACAGUGCUGUGUGGUGGGUGGAGUACGUGAUCCGCCACCAGGGGGCCCCCCACCUGCGCAGCGCAGCCCUCGACCUGCACUGGUGGCAGCUCCUGCUGCUCGACGUCAUAGCCUUCAUACUGGCUGUGGCGGCCGUGGCGGCGUUUCUCCUCUACAAACUGACUCGGUGGUUCUUCUCGUGGCUCACUCGACCCAGCAAACUGAAGAAACAGUGAAAGUGUCCCUGCAUCACGUGUCAGAAAUCUGACAGACACGUCUUACAUGCUGCAGUCGUAUUUCAUAGGAGUGCUCCUAUAAUGUGCGCGACUUUCGCUUCCUUAACAGACUCGUCCCUGCAAGUUUAAUGAGUGUCCUUGGAGCAAAUCUAACUUCUAUGGAGAAGUGAUAAAAACGCUAGAACAUACACGCCAUGACAACCUGCUAUUCAUAUGUUAGCUGCAUCAAGUUCGACAUAGGAAGAGCACGAGAUCGUGAUGAUCAUCUCUAAGACUGCUCUCUGCAACAAAAUCACGUCCCGCACUGGGUAACGAAAGUCAAGUUAACGUAUGUUCAUCAAACGCUACUUACUAUAUAUUAAAGUGUUUAUCUUUUGCUGCAACUGAUUAGGCUCUAGACACAGUAGUUACGACCCUUUUUAGUAGAGUUCAACAAACACAUACCGUAUUACAAAAGAGGCAAACUUACUACUUAUAAUUACCUAUUUCACUUUUUCUGUUUAUCAGUAAAUACCGGGUGAUCAAAAAGUCAGUAUAAAUUUGAAAACUUAAUAAACCACGAAAUAAUGUAGAUAGAGAGGUAAAAAUUGACACACGUGCUUGGAAUGACAUGGGGUUUUAUUAGAACAAAAAAAAAAGUUCACAAAAUGUUCAACAGAUGGCGCUGGACAGCAAUAACUGCUACCGUGACGGGUAAGAGGUACGCCGAUAUGUUACAGAAUCGCAUCAUCCCCAACCUGGCUGAUAAACACCUGCUGGAACGUACGAUGUUUAUGCAGGAUGGCGCUCCACCCCAUAUUGCUAGACGCGUGAAAGAUCUCUUGCGCGCCGUUUAGUGACGAUCGUGUGCUCAGCCAUCACUUUCGUCAUGCUUGGCAUCCCAGGUCCCCAGACCUCAGUCCGUUACCUGAGGUUACCUGAAGUCGCAAGUGUAUCGUGAUCGACCGACAUCUCUAGGGACGCUGAAAGCCAACAUCCGACGCCAAUGCCUCACCAUAACUCCAGACAUGCUUUGCAGUGCUGUUCACAACAUUAUUCCUCGAUUACAGCUAUUGUUGAGGAAUGAUGGUGGACAUAUUGAGCAUUUGCUGUAAAGAACAUCAUCUUUGCUUUUUCUUACUUUGUUAUGCUAUUUAUUGCUAUUCUGAUCAGAUGAAGCGCCAUCUGUCGGGCACAUUUUUUGAACUUUUGUAUUUUUUUGUUUCUAAUAAAACCCCAUGUCAUUCCAAGCAUGUGUGUCAAUUUGUACCUCUCUAUCUACAUUAUUCCGUGACUUAUUAUGUUUUCAAAUUUAUACAGACUUUUUGAUCACCCAGUAUAUACGCUGCAGU